AUGGACCCCCGUACCAGUGCCAAGGGCAUGAUGCGAUGUGACCUUUGUGAGACCGCUGUGGUACAGAUCACUGUGAUAUAUGCCUUGUCAACCUGUGUACCGCUUGUGUUGGAAAACACUUUUCUACUGACCUCUCAAAACCUCACAAGAUUGUUGACUUUAAGGGAAGAAAAUCCUCUCCCCUCCACCCUGGGUGUAAAACUCAUUACAAAGAACAAUAAACACCUGGAUGAAAUAAACAAGAAAAUGUCUGACAUUAAGGAUGAAAUCAAUUUAGUUGAAAUAGCUCUAGACACCAAUGACUUGUCCAAACUUUUUAGUGUCCCAUCCAAUGAACAUAUAUACAGAAAUCUUCCAAACAAAAUAACGCCAUCAUUACCUAUAUUCAACAUAGAAAAUAUCAAAGUAGAAGAACUAAGUAAAUUGUUUGGAGCCUUAUCAUCUGGUUCAAUAAUUUCAGAGGAACAUGGCUACAGCAUAAAAGCUACACAGAAAUCACCAGAAGCUGGAUCCUCUCCCCCAGUAAAACAACUGCUUGAUGAACCAGAAACUAUCACCACCAUUGACACUGAGUAUAGAGAACUUUACAAUGUGGCCUGUCUGAGCGAUGAAGAAAUCUGGACAAGUGGAGAUGAAAACAACAUGAAACUCUACAGCAUCAAUCUGGGAUUAUUACUCAAGUCAAACAGAACCAAGUCACUGGACCAACCAUCUAACAUAGCUGUGUCAAAAAGUGGAGAUUUAGUAUAUACUGAUUACAUGGAUGGAACUGUGAACAUUGUGCAGAAUGAGAAGAUAUAG